AUGAAAAAUAAUAAAGUUGAUGAUCAUCAAGAUGAUGGUUUAAAGAAGAGAUCAACAAGCUCAAGUAAAUCUAAAGAAUCUGAAGAUGAUCAUAAGAAUCAGCAACCACAAAAGAUAAAUGACAAAAAGAGUGUAAAGAAACAAACACAAGAUGAAUCGUCAUCAUCGUCAUCAUCAUCUUCUGAUAACCAACAACAACAACAACAAGUAGAAAGAGAUGAUAUUGUUAAAAGAACAAAACAUGCAACAUGUAUAAGAAUCACAGGUUUGUUGAUCAUUACACUCUUGACAUUGGCUAUGUGGUCGACUUUCAACUAUGUCGAUCCGGAGAAAGUCGAUCGAUCAAUCUACUUGAAGGAGAUGCCAUUGCCGUUGUUAGAGCACUAUCAGAGUGGAUCUUAUAUACCGGUUUACGACAGUGCAUCGAAGCGUCAAUUCAAGUUGUUCGUUGUACAAGCCAACAGAGACCAAAGACAACCACGUGAAUCCGUCCUACUCCUCCACGGACAGGCAUCGACUUCAUUCAGCUACCGUCAAUCAGUAGAUUCACUCUACAAAGCCAAUCUCAAUCCAAUUCUAAUAGAUCUUCCAUGUUAUGGAUUCUCUGAUUCCUUACCAGAUUGUUCACAAUCAUAUAUUGCAGAUCGUAUUCCAGAUAUUCUUAAUGCAUUAUCAGUUAAUAAAGUACAUUUGGUUACAUUUGAUAUGUCAACGGCAAUCGGUGCAGAGUUUUUAGAUAGAUAUCCAAAGAGAGUGGCAUCUGUUACAUUGGGAGAUCCAGUUAUCGAUGUCAGUCAUCAACCAUUCUAUGUCAACGUCGCAAAAUAUUCUUUGAUCAACAGAGCACUCAUCUCACUUGCAACAAGUCCAUACAUUUCAUGGAUUAGAUGGAAAUACUUACAAUUUGCAUAUAAAUCACCAUUGGAUCAAAUCACUACCGAUUGUUACUUCUAUAUGAUUAGAUAUAGAAACAAUAUCAAUAAUUAUAUUAGAACCAUUGUUGAGUCUGAUCUUACAUUUAGAAGAACCAACGAUCUCAUUCACUCAAGACUUCAUUAUGAUAGUGUUAUCCCAAGACAAGCUAUUUUAACAAAUGGAUUAUUACAAACAUAUCAUAGUGUAUAUUUCCAGAAUAAAUUCACAUUCCCAUUCUUACAUAUGAGUUCAGGUGAAUUCCUAUUGGGAGAAGAGUCACCUUUAAUCUUUGAGACUCAUGUAGCUUCGAUGGUUGACAAGAUCGACCCAGAGUUAAGAAAGUUGAAGCAAAUCGAACGAGAAGAGGAAAGUCAUGGUGGUCACGGACAUAGUCACGGUGGUAACGAUCACGGACACAGUCAUGGUGGUCACGGACACAGCCACGGUGGCGCACAUGGACAUAGUCACGGUGGUAACGAGCACGGUCAUAGCCACGGUGGUGCUCACGGACACAGUCACGGUGGUGAUGAGUAUGGAAUGGGUGAAGAAGAAGAAGAAGAAGAACACUUUAGAGAUUUCGAAAAAGAAAGAGAAAGAGAAAGAGAAAGAGAAAGAGAAAGAGAAAGAGAAAGAGAAAGAGAAAGAGAAAGAGAAAAAGUAGAGGUUUUAGAAUUUGAUAUUUAG